AUGGGAGAGCAUAAUCUGCUGAAUCCGGGCUUUGUGGGACCUCUGGUCAAUAUCCACACCGGGGACACCUUCUACUUCCCCAACUUCAGGGCCUCUGGGGGCCAGCUACCUGGCCUGCCCUCCCUCUCCUACCCCAGGAGAGAGAAUGUCUGCUCCCUGCCCUGGGCAUCCGCAGAACCCUGCAAUGGGUACCCCCAGCCCUACCUCAGCAGCCCCGUCUCCAUUAACCCUUCCUUCAGCAGAGCCUGCGACCUGGCUCGGGUGGAGGAGACCAAGUGCUACUACCGGGAGGCGUGCCCCGACAGCCCGAGCCUGAAGAGGGAAGAGCGGCUGCGGGACAACGUGCUGAUGCCCCUGGACAGCGGGAUCCCCAAUGGGAUGAGCAGCAGCUUCCACAAGUACGACUACAGCACCGCAGCCGCAGAGCCCGUCCCCCAGGACCCCCCGUCCUGCCAGUCCCUGGAGUCUGACUCCAGCUCGUCCCUCAUCAACGAUGCCCCCAAGCACCAGAGCAAUGGAGCGGUGACCAUGGCUUCCCCGGGUAACCCGGCCAGCAGCAGCCUGCCUGCCAGCGGGGCUCCUUGGUACCCCAUGCACACCAGAUCCCGCAAGAAGAGGAAACCGUACUCCAAGCUCCAGCUGGCAGAACUGGAAGGAGAGUUUAUGGUGAAUGAGUUUAUCACUAGACAACGGAGGAGAGAACUGUCUGACCGGCUGAGCCUCAGUGACCAGCAGGUGAAGAUCUGGUUCCAGAACCGGCGGAUGAAAAAGAAGAGGCUCCUGAUGAGGGAGCAGGCGAUGUCUUUCUUCUAG